UUUCCAGUACAAUCCAGUGCAUUGAGCACAAUACCUGCCUCUCCAUCCACAUCUAAUUUCCAUGAACCGCCGCCGUCAGCGUUUUCACGUGGGUUCAUGGAUCCUCCUAGAGGGCCACGCGUGCAAGGACCGCGAGUACCAAGAAAGGAGACGAGAGAAUUCGAGCGUUCUCCUUCACCGCCGAAAGUGCCUGUGCGCCCAUCUACAGCUGGUGCGGCGACUACAAGAGAAUCAUUAUCACGCAUGGCGAUUGACCGUUCUCUUCCGCCAUUACCUGGAAUAAAUGGGCAGAUGACGAGUAUGCAGGGCAGCGGAGAUUCGACGUAUCCUCGCAAAAGUAAUCCCAUUAGAACUAGAGGCAAAGUUGAUGGCCAUGGUAAUGAUGAACCAACUCUGCAGAGGCCCAAGUCGGCGCACGCUUCUGUAGGGCUGGCAGUUGACCCAACGGCGGAUAUAGGCGGUACCCCCUCGCCGUCUGUUAGUACAACUAGCUCAAACACCAAGCGUGGUAGCAGGAAGCUGAGUCUGACUGCGCCGAUACUCGGAUUUGGGAGGAAGAAGGAGAAAGAUAAAGAACGAGAAAAGAAGGCAAAGCCUGUGGCGCCUCCGAGCGCCUUCCUUUCGCCCUACUUGUCGCCAAAAUACUGACGAUAACUGUCGUUUACAUUAUGUGCUCUGUGAGUGGACUCUUAGGCUGUCGUUUUUAAACAUUUUUAUUCCCUCCUUUUCAUAAAUUGUUGCAUACCAUCUUGUUCGCGCUGGCUGGCUUUUUUUCCCGCUGCAAGUUAGUACCCUGCAUUCUAUGAUAGACAUACCUCGCAUAGUAAGACUGUAAUCUAUUAGUGCCAUAUCGUGCUUCUUUGUAUUCCGAGAGAAGAGUUCACCAAGAAAACCAUAAUAAAUUUUGUACUUCAUUUCAUGUAGUAAUAACGUACAAUCCAGCGAUUUG